AAUAUCUUCUGGAAGUUUCCCACCAUGAGUCCUCUGAGAAUUGUUUAUGUGACUGCUAUAUUAUUAGCAGCAGGUUCAGCACAUGGAAAUCUUUCUGCUCUCAAUAAGUUGAGACCAUCUCAAUGGCUGUCCUCAUCAAAACUGGAACAAACUCCUUCGGUUGAGGAAAUCUCUCUACAGAAGUUGGAUAGUAUGUCGGUGGAAAAGGGUGCUGAAUUAGUAGAAACAAUUUAUCACGUGUCCCAAAUUAACCAUGACUUGAGACCCAACUUUGUGCCCAGCCCCAGUAAUGUUCCUUGCUACAUUGUUAAGCCUAAUGGUCAGAAAGUAUCCACUUCUUUGGACAAAUUGGCCUCAACUUGCAAGCAACAAUCCAACUUUGGUAAUCAGGAAGUCACUAUUUUCAUUACCGGUUUACCCGCCACCACAGGAACCGUCAAGAAGGCCAAUCGUAUGUUGAUCAAUGCUUACCUCCAACGUUACAGCAACAAGAGACAACAACCCCAAAAGUACGAUUAUUCGGGAGAGAAAAUGUCCCGCACUUCCAGUGAAGAAGACUCCAGUGAAUGGCAAAAACAACAAGCCUCAUCUGGAAAUCUUGUGAUCAUUGAUUUAGGUGAAAAAUUGAACAACUUCAAACGUUUUGCCAUGUUGGAUGUAGAACAAACCGGUGCCAUGAUUGCUUCCGCUAUUGUUGAGAUGACCGAGAAAUGCGAUGUUGCCGAUGAAACCAUCCAUGUUGUUGCUCAAGGUAUUGCUGCUCAUGUUGCUGGUGCUGCUGGCAAUGAUUACACCCGUCAAACUGGUCGUCAAUUGAGACGUAUCACUGCCUUGGAUCCCUCAAAAAUUUUGGCUAAGAAUCCUCACACUUUGACUGGUUUGUCUCGUGGUGAUGCCGAAUUUGUUGAUGCCAUCCACACCAAUGCCUACGGUAUGGGUACCAUUCAACGUGUUGGUGAUAUUGAUUUCUAUCCUAAUGGUCCUUCUGCUUCGGUACCUGGUGCUCAAAGUAUUGUUGAGGCUAGCAUGCGUGCCACCCGUUACUUCGCUGAAUCUGUUCGUCCUGGCAAUGAACGCAACUUCCCAGCUGUUGCUGCCAACUCAUUGAAGGAGUACAAGAACAAUGAUGGUUUCGGCAAACGUGCUUAUAUGGGUAUUGAUGCUGAUUAUGAUUUGGAGGGCGAUUACAUUUUGGAAGUCAAUUCGAAGAGUCCAUUCGGCAAGAGAGCUCCAGCUCAAAAACAAAACAACUACCAUGGUGUGCACAAGUCAUGGAAAAACUCCCGCGACAAUGAAUAA